AGGAAAGAAAGAUUUUUGCAAUGAUAGGUGGUCGAGCUUUGUUUGGCUGCACUGUUGUGCGCAAUAACUCGGGAGGUUUUCGUGCUUCCUCCACUUGAAGAAUUAUUAGGAAGGUAGAUGUCCACCCGUUGCGCCACGCAGCACCACUUAGCGCCGCUGUGACACCCAGUGGAUCCCGAGUGACGAGCUAAAGCCCUGGACACUCAGUCUCCAGUGGAUAACCAGCUCAACCCACUCUUCCUCUUCCUCUCUAUGUUAGUGCGUACCCGCCGUGUCUUCAUGCGUCAAGGGAGCACCGUGCGUAACGGGAGAGCCGUGCGUAACUGCAGAAAGAUUUCACUCCAUUUUGCGCUGGGAUUCUGAGGACCACUGGCGGUGUAACUCUCACCUGCAAGGACACUGACCGCUGAAUUCCGACGUACUUGUCUUUUGAAACAUCUCAAAGCUCGUCUUUUCUCCCUCCCUCUCUUCUCCCUACGCGAGUCGUACGUCAGAGCUGACAUGACGACCGAGACCCCUCAGCAACAGCUGGACCCUCCACCUCCUCUGAGAUCCAGCCCGGUGUCCGGAGUCCUGCAUCCCGCCAUGCUGAGCCCACAAGCCGCCGCAGAAAACUCGUCCACUGCCAUUAAAGGAAAGAAGGCGAGCUCCGGUUUAAGGCGACCAGAAAAACCGCCAUACUCCUACAUUGCUCUCAUCGUUAUGGCAAUACAGAGUUCCCCCUCCAAAAGGCUGACACUCAGUGAGAUCUACCAGUUUCUGCAGGCUCGCUUCCCUUUUUUUAGGGGCUCAUAUCAGGGCUGGAAGAACUCCGUUCGGCAUAACCUUUCGCUUAACGAGUGCUUCAUCAAGCUGCCCAAAGGGCUGGGCAGGCCGGGUAAAGGCCACUACUGGACCAUCGAUCCAGGCAGUGAGUUCAUGUUCGAGGAGGGUUCGUUUCGUCGUAGACCCAGAGGCUUCAGAAGGAAAUGUCAAGCUCUGAAGCCCAUGUAUCGAAUGAUGAACGGCAUAGGCUUCGGCACAUCCCUUCUCCCUCAGAGUUUUGACUUCCAGGCUCCAUCAGCCACCCUCGCCUGUCACAGCAACAGCUACAACCUGGACAUGAUGAGCAAUUCAAUGGCCGGGGGUUACGACGGACUGAGCAGUGGCCACCACGUUCCCCACAUGUCCCCGAGCCCCGGCUCCACAUACAUGGCAAGUUGUCCUGUGCCGCCUAAUGGGGAGUACGGACCGGAGAGCAGCAGCAGCCCCGUACCGUCCUCUCCGGCCAUGGCCAGCGCGCUGGACGGUCACUCCCCGUACGCCAGUACAUCUGCACACUGGGCGUCCUCUGGCGGGUCCCCCUAUGUCAAACAGCAGCCUCUAGCCUCCAGCAGUCCCGCGUCCUCUGGUUUACACUCCGGCAUGUCGCCUUACUCCCUGGAGCAGAGUUAUCUUCACCAGAACGGCAGGGGCAGCCAUUCCACCGACAUAUCAGUGGGGAUUCCGCGCUACCAGAGCCAUUCCUCGGUGUGCGACAGGAAGGACUUUGUGUUGAACUUUAACGGCAUCUCCUCCUUCCACCCGUCGGCUGGCGGCUCCUACUAUCCCCCCCACCACCACCACCACCACCCCCAGAGCGUCUGUCAGGACAUCAAGCCCUGCGUGAUGUGAGUCCUCCGCUCACUGUGGAUUUCAGAGGCAACGACGGCCACAGUGAGACUGCAGGUCCGUCACACCAGAACAACAAAACGCACAGAUUUGCUUUCUUUUUCUUGCUUUUUUAAAUUUUGGAGCAUUCAUACCUGGAUGCACCGAGGUGUCUGCUCUCACGUUGGCCUCUUCCCUGCAGCCGAAGGAGCUGAAAACUGUGCAUUGAAGGAAAUGAAGGAAGAAACCCCAGAGGCCUUUAGAGAAACCACUUCGCCUAUAUGAACCCUGACAAGCGUUUCCUUCUUCAAAAGAAGCUUCAGAAAAACGAAUUUAAAUGCGUUUGCUCUUGUAACACGUGCAAACAAAUUAUAUUCAAACA